AGAAAGACGUAAAAAAUGAGUUUUAAUGUCUGGAGUAUGAAAGAGAUGCUCACUAUUCCUUCAGGCUCUGGGACCACUAAGUCAUCUAACUGGAAUAAUAAUCAGACUGAUUAUUCUGCUCUCAGUGAUUCCCAGUUCCUCUUUGGAUCUCAGUUUUGUCCGGAAAAUUCAGAGACCCUGUCAGCACCCUUAGACUUAGGCGCUCACUUGAGACGUCCAAAACAAUCGCAACAGAAUUCUCUGGAUAGUGAGCCUAGUAUCUUCACAAAGUAUCAGACAAAACCAUACCUAUUUGGAGGAGAGACGAAGGAUGAAGGGUUAUUUUCCCUUCCUUUGCCAGUUGGAAAAUCAAAAUGCCUCUUGAAACAGUUUGAGGAAAAAAACCAAAGAGCAAAAGACAAAUGUGACAGUGAGACCCUACACAACUUCGUUUCCCAGGUCAGAGAAAGCAUUCAGAGGUUCCAGACAUCUGUGGAAGAGUCUGAGGAACGCCUCAGUUCAAGAAGCCAAUCUAUUUUGGACUCUUUGGAGACUGUAGCUAGGACAUUACAAGAGACGGCACAGGCUCAGAGUGACAUGAGGUUUGAGGUGGUACAAAAAAGCAAUGCAGAGCAGGCCAUCCUUGAGAUGCAAAAGAAACUAGAAACUACGCAAACAGAGUUUACAGAAAUGAAGUCCAGCCUAAAGCAGCUUGAGGUUUUAGUAGCCCAGCAGAGUAAGGACUUCCAGCAGCUAUGUGAGCAGUUAGGCCAGCUGCAUGUGCCUGAUGUCCUUGAAAAACUGAAGAGAUUGAUCUCAGCACCUCUGGUACCUGGCUGUGUGAAAGACAGUGCUUCUCAGACUUCACCACCUUUGGCCCAGAGCCUCAGGUUCAUCAAGCAGACAAAACUCCCCUGUGAAGAGCCAGUUACAUGGCAGACCCAGGCUGCCCCUGCUGCAGGGAUCCCCACUGCAGGAUCCCUGAGACCUGCAGAGUUUAGAGUCUGCGCUGAGCAAGAAGAGAGUGAUUCUCUCCGAGGAAAGGCUGCACUGCCAGCAGUCGAGCCUUGCAAAGUGUAUAGGCAAGUAAAGGACAAGGCUAGGCAGACUAACUGCCAGGAUUCAACUAUCACUAAAACAAGUCCUCAGAACUGUGGCUCCAGUGGCCCAGGUCACAAGGUAUGUGAUCUGGUUUCCCAAGGAAACCCACAGCUCAUAUCCCUGGACUUACACAAUGUUGCAAACAGCAUUCAGAAUGCCUGCCCAGAAUACCAGGGCCGAAGUAUAUUUUUUUGUGAUCCAUGUGAACAGCUGGUGACUAAACAGAAGGACAGGACUGUAGAAAGAGGGAGGGAAGAAAAGAUGCAGCAACCCAGGAAGGCCCGCAGAGGCAAGCUCUUGACUAGGAAGCGAGGCCAAACCCUGAGCAAGACCUGCACCUUUAACCCUAAAUACCAGCAUCCGCAGUCUCCAGUUUCUAGUCCACCAAGGUCCCCAAAGGGGCAACAAGAGCUCCUCGCUCAGGCCCUGUGUCUGCCGAGUCCCAGAAGGUCCCCCAGAUCACUCUGUCCUGUUCCUGAAGGAAGAGUCAAGUCCAGCAAGACAGUGAGAGGGGAAGCCUUACAGUUCACCAUCGGCCCUUCCAAAGGAAGCAGGCUCCUCUCCAGCAGUCUCCAGAGGGACCACCGGAUGAGCUGGUUCAAUGACCUCAACCCAGAAAAUUCGGAGCCUGCUCCAUAUAAGAAGACAGGGAAGAGCUUACUGUAUCACUUGGACUUUGAUAGCAGCGAUGAUGACUUUUGA